AAAUCUUAUUCAUAUUAGCAUUAGAAUUUUAUCCUUAUUACCCUUAUUACUCUUCUUAUUGCAACUAACUAAUCUCCGUUCUGGUAAUGUGACGGCUGCCGAUAUCCUGAAACAAACGUUUUCUUCGAACCUCGAGACAUACAAACUCACAACCAACUGCCAACUGACUAGAAUUAGACAGUCGAGUGGCUAGACCUCUAUCCAUUGGACAUUACCGAACACCUAGAACCGUACCGAAAGAACAAGAAUCGAGCGCGAAGAAAUCAAAUUGGUGUACGCUAUCUCGUGAAAAAGAUAUUGGAUAUUGAAUUGAAAGGCGCUUGGUAUAGACUGUGGCGUUGACGUGCUCGUAAUUAAGCGGCAAUUCGGAUUUGGUAUGUCUCCCGAUGCAUUUCAGAAAGAUGUAGCUCAAUACGGAGAUUGCGUUAUAAUUGAUUUGGGGAAAUUCAAGAAUCUAACUACAAUACUCAAGAAGGGUGAUGUGUUGCAGACACGUUUUGGAGCAAUGAAACAUGAUGAUUGUGCAGGAAAAAAGUAUGGAUCAAAGAUUCAAACGUCUCGUGGAUAUGUGCACAUAUUAGCAUUAAGUCCAGCGCUAUGGUCAGAAACACUGCCUCAUCGAACCCAAAUAAUCUAUCCAUGUGAUGCUAGUUUAAUUGUCGGGGGAUUAGAUUUGAACCCUGGCAAGUGGGUGUUCGAAGCUGGGACAGGUAGCGGAUCUUUGACACACUUCUUAGCUCAAGCUGUAUUACCCCAUGGUCAUGUCCAUACGUUCGAUUUUCAUAGUGAACGUGUUGAAUUGGCGACUAAAGAAUUCACUUCACAUUCACUUGGACAUGUUGUGAAGGUUAGUAACCGUGAUGUUUGUAAUGAAUAUUUUCCAUCGGUUGGAAAUGAAUUAAAUCCAAAUGGUGUAGAUGCUGUUAUUCUGGAUUUGCCAAGACCAUGGGUGGUUAUUCCACAUCUUGUAUUUACUUUCCGGCCUGAUUCAAUUGGCCGUGUCUGCUUAUUCUCACCUUGCAUCGAACAAGUUCAGCGAUCCUGUACAGCUUUACUAGAAUCAGGUUUCGAACAUAUAAGUACAGUCGAAUGCUUGGAAAGGGAAUAUGAUGUGUCGCGAACAACGUUGAAUGUUCCAAAUAUGGGGCAGGGAAAUGCUUCCAUUUGGCUCCAGAAUGGUUUCAAUGAAUAUAUGAGUUCAGUUUCGAAAUUCGAUAAACAUCUGCUUCCUCCUCCUAAAAAAUCGGAAACGGAAAUUCUUCCUUGUAAACGUAGUUAUCCAAAUUCAGAACCAAGUGAGUCAAUGAAUCCCAAACAACUGAAAGGCGUGGAAAGUUCAACGACCGUUGAAAAUAACUUCACUUGGGAACCAAUUUUACGACCUAAAAUGCCGGGUCAUACGGGUUAUAUAACUUUCGCUACAUGGAUACCCAAUACACAAUGUAAUGUUUCGAGCACAGAGUGUACAGAAUUAAUGCAAUCUAUAGACGAAUAAGAUUUCUUAAUACUUGAUUACGUCAAAAUAAAGAUAAGAUUAUUAUUUUAAA